UGUUGGGCCGCUGGCCUUGAUGAGUUCAGGCUAUGGGGUUCUGCCGCAGCUCCCAUGCUGUCUUUCCCCGCAGCCUCCCCGGCCCUGCGAGGUCUACCGCGCCGAGUGGGAGCUCUGCCGCAGCGCCCGGCACGUCCUACACCACUACUACGUCCACGGCGAGCGACCGGACUGCAAGCAGUGGCUGCGCGACCUGGCCAGCUGCCGCGAGUGGGAAGAGAGCCGCAGCACCGAGGCCCAGGUGCGCGCAGGCGAUCCCUCUGUGAGAGUGAGCAGGCACGGGUGCAGGCCGCACAGAAGCACACCUUGGUAUGGGCCUUGAGGCAGAGGCCCCCUGCAGACUGGAACCUUCCUCUACCACAGGAGAAAGACAAGUGAUGAAUGACAGCCCGCUGCAACCCUGGCCUUGCGCUUGACCUGGAACACAGGGCAAGGCAUUUCUAGCUCUAACUGCUUUCUGCCCACCUGCAUUUGGGCAUCCCAUCACUGUGAUGCUCUGAAAGACACCUGUGUGCACAAGCACUGUGGCAGGUACCUGAGAGCAGCCAGGCUGGUCCAUCAUGUCUAUGCCA